AUGAACAAAACGAAAGUGAGUGACAACAAGACGGGAGCAAACAAAAGAAAUAAAAAGCAAAAGAAAUUUAAAACUCAAAACGAUGGGACAAACGCAAACCAUAACUGUAUUACACUUUUACCAAAUUGUAUUACACUUUAUCCUGAACAAAACGAGAUUGCAUUUGCAAUUAAUAACACAACGAAUUGCGAUUUUGAAGUUUCAAUUAAAAGCGCGGAAUUGGGGAUAGAGUAUAGUAAUGUGAUAGGAUUCGCAGAAGACGACCUUUUGGAAGUUUCGCUCCCAUUUGAUCGUCAAUUUUCUGAGGAUAAGAGUGUCACCAUUCCGGUCAAUUUUUUGAGAGACGGCCAAAAAACAAUCUCAAAAAAUCUUGUUGUCAAAUUUGUUGGUGGCGGAACGAAUGGAAUUGAUAAAGCUGGAAAAAUUGAGGAAGUCAAAGAUCAAAAAGAUGUGGAAAAGAAGGAGGUUCAACUAAAAGAGACUCAAGAUCCCAAAGACUUACAUACUGACACCAAAGAUACAACAGAAGAUAUGAAAGUUGAAGACAAUGGAAACAAAAAAGAAGAAAAAGAGAAAGAAUCACUCAAAGUCUCAACACAAAGUGAAGACAAAAUCCAAAAGGAAUAUGACAUUACCGCAACAGUAGAAAACGCUGAUGUAACAACUGUUGGAAAGAAAACUCUCAUCCCACUUAAACUGACAAACAACGAACAUAUGGAAAUCAGACUCGAACAACGAAAUGAUGAGGAGUGUCCGUUUGUUGUUGACAUUCCAAAGGACAAGUACUAUGGGUAUAAAAACAGUUGUGUUGUGAAGGGUUGUUUCAUCACUUUCAAAAAGUACGCUGAUGGACCUUUCGCGAUUUUUUUAGACGUGAUUGAAAAAAAUACCCAAAAACCUGUUACUACAAUUACUGUGGACUACACAUCUUUUGUAAUCAUCGAAGAUGAACUGCAGCAAAAUACUGUUGAUGCGCUGCGUCCGAGCGUAUUUAAUGAUUUGGAGAUCACUAUAAGUGAUAUUCAUGUUCUUAAAAAUGAAGCUGAAAUUACCAUUUGUGUUUCAAAUUAUUUUACCGAGCCUUUGAGUGUUACAUUCAAAGGCAAAAAAUCACCGGGUGGGUGCAAUAUCAAAGGAGAAUUUUGUUCACAUGUUAUAAUGGGUGAGGAUCUCUUUACGAUGUUUACUGCAACCGCAUUCAAAAAACAAGUUGAACUUAACUUGGUGAUGGAAUUUGAAAUCAGAAGUUCGAGCGAAAUAGAAAGUAGAGAUGUGAGUUGUUUGAUACGGUUUGAGUCAUACGACAAAUUGUUCCCAAAACUUGAUACGGCCAAACCGGACGAUAAGAUAAUUCAGAAAAAAGUAGAAAAGGAAGUCGACAAAAAGAAAACAAAAGAAACACUCAUCAAGGAAGUGAGAAGAAAAGAAGCGUCGUUGUUUUCUCUUAACGACGUUUUGACUUUGGAAGAGCGCAUUUUUAUGGUGACUGAAGGGAUUUGCGACAAUACAAGUCUCUACGACCUGAAUCUGUACAACUUUGUUGUUGACAAUGGAAGAAUAAGUUUAAAAGAAUGUGAAAAGAACGAGAGAAGGUUGUUGAAAAGUUACGAAGAGAUGACGGCCUAUUUUUUGACACCAGAAAAUAUCAACGAGUUUGAGGAAGAAAGCCAAACUGAUUUACAAAGUGAAGAUGCCACGAAACAGGAAAAACACAAACGGGUAAUGUUUGCGUUGGGUACAGUUUUGUACUGUGUUGCAAAUAAGGGUGGAGUCAAAACACCUUAUUGGGAAUGGGAAGAUACUUUUCUUCAAAAAGUCUUUCCAACAGUGACGAGUGAAAUGACAACGACGCAAAAAGUGUUGAUAGAAAUGGCUUGCAAUUGUUGGGGCUUCGACAACACUACUUUUGAAAAUGACUUUAACGCUGUUUUGGAGACAUUAAAGUCUUUAGUCCCACAAGAUAAAACGAAAGAACUUCCGAUGAGUAUAAACGAGAAAGCGAAACAGUUUGAAGAGAAAGAAAACGAGCGUGUUGCUGGUAUACAGAAACAACUUGAUGCUAUUGAGCAGAAGGAGCAAGAAGAAAAGAAAGUAAAAGAAGAGAGAGAACGGCAACAGGCUGAAAAAGUGCAACAACAAGCAGCCGAAAAAGAGAACAGCACAAAGAGAGGAGGUUAUAAGCCGUUUAACAAGCCCAUUAACAAUAUCAAAAAGAAAGGUAAACGAGGUGGUUACUAUAAGUGA